GCGCUAUGGGGUGCUAUGGGGCGCUAUGGGGCGCUGUGGGGCACCAAGCAGAGAACACAGCGCCCCAACCCGCCCCCCUCACGUCCCCCCUUUAGGAGCGAGACCCCCCAGCUCUUCACUGUGGUCCCCGAGAAGCGAACGGCCACAGUGGGCGGCGCCAUGAUGGGAUCCACACACAUCUACGAUAUGGCGGCCGUGAUGGGCCGCAAGGGGCCGUCGGCGGAGGCUCAGGGCGUGGAGGUGGCGCUGGCGCCGGAGGAGCUGGAGCUGGAUCCUACGGCCAUGACCCAGAAAUACGAGGAGCGCGUGCGGGAGCAGCAGGCGCAGGUGGAGAAGGAGGAUUUCAGCGACAUGGUGGCCGAGCACGCAGCCAAGCAGAAGCAGAAGAAGCGCAAGGCGCAGCCGCAGGACGCACGAGGGGGGGGCAAGAAAUACAAGGAGUUCAAGUUCUGAUGGACCCACACAGCCCUGCUGCCCCCAUUGAACCCAAGGCCCCAUUCAUCCCCAUUGACCCCAUGGCCCCAUUCAUCCCCAUUGUCCUCUAUGGCCCCAUUCAUCC